GGUAGCCAUGACAACAAAAAGUUGUUUCUUUUCUGAUAAAACCUUAACUUUUCACCGGACUUUGGGAAUGUUACUAAAAUAAUUGCAUAAAAAAGAGAACAUCGGUAUGGAGAAGCCCCAGCUGAUUGAGCACCUGCACGAGGCGGUCAACUACACGGUGUACGACACAAAGUGGGUCCCACUUUCCGCCAAAUUUGUGGUUCUGGGCUCCAAGGCAAAUGGGCAUGGAAUUAUGGACAUCUACGAACUCAACCAGGACAAGCUGGUGAAGGUGAAGUCCGUGGAGAAGAAGGUGGCCUUCAAAUGCGGCACCUUCGGAGCUGCUUCUCUGAGGAACCGCCACAUGGCCAUCGGAGAUUUCGAGGGCAGGCUGCAAGUUCUGGACAUGGAGCAGCCAGAUUUGCCAGUGUACAAUGUCAAGGCCCACAGUGGCAUCAUCAAUACCAUCGAUGCCAUCGGGGGCACUCAGAUCGAUUGCGGGGCGCCGGAAAUCGUCACCGGUAGCCGGGAUGGCGCCGUAAAGGUCUGGGACAUCCGUCAGGGGCAGGCCCCUGUGGUCGAUAUGUCGCCGCCGCCGCAAAUGGGCGAUGGUGUCAACCAAAGUAACGCUCGCCGGGACUGCUGGGCCGUGGCCUUCGGGAAUACCUAUAACGCCGAGGAGCGCAUCGUUGCCGCCGGCUAUGACAACGGAGAUCUGAAGAUAUUCGAUCUACGAUCGCUCUCCAUCCGCUGGGAGGCCACCAUGAAGAACGGAAUCUGCGGUCUGGAGUUCGACCGCCGGGAGAUUCCCAUGAACAAGCUGGCGGUGACCACUUUGGAGGGUGGCCUGCUUGUCUACGACAUGAGAACCCAGCACCCGACCAAGGGAUUCAGCUAUGUGGAGGAGCGUAACGCCGGGCGCAGCGUGGGCACGAACGGCGUGAUCAGCGGACCCAAGGCCACCGUGUGGGUAGUGCGUCAUCUGCCCCAGAACAGGGAUAUCUUUAUCACGGGCGGAGGAACUGGCUCUAUUCGUCUGUGGCAGUACGAGUACCCCGAUAAGAGGGUCAUCGAUGAUUCGGAUGGCAACAAGGUUGGAGUGGCUGGGGCCCUGAACAUGGUCAGUGCAGCCACGUUAAGCACGCAGCCGGUUCACUGCUUGGACUGGCAUCCGGAUAAACUGGGCCUAGCUGUCUGUGGUGCCUUUGAUCAGAGUGUUCGGGUUUUGAUAACCACCAAACUAAACACAUAUUAAGGAGUAGAAAUCUAUGAAACAAGAAACGUCCCAUACUUGUGAUAUCGGAUCAUGGGUAAAUGUAAAUGCAUAGGCUAUUAUUUUUAUGAAUAUGAUAUUGAAUUUAAUUGCCUGAAGUGCAGAAAACUUGUAUUCCUUAACGCUCAUUUGCACACACGACCAAAAAAAAAGAUGAGCUGCUUUGACCUCAAAAAAUAUUACACUAAUCAAAACUAGCAUUAAACAGAUCACGUAAAAUGAUCAAGAAGAACGAAAUAAAUGUUCAUAUAGAAUACAAAA